AUGGUCGUAAAGCUUAUCGGUGCCUCUCCUUCUGUCUGUACUCAUGGAGUCGCAGUUGCGCUGAAAGAGAUCAACGUCCCGUACGAGAUCCUGCUAGUCAACUUUGCUCAUAUGAAAAACAAGGACUUCUUAGAGCAAAAGCAAGCCUUCGGUCAAAUUCCCGUCCUUGUCGAGGACGAGGACUGCGGCUUCAAACUCUUCGAAAGCCGCGCAAUUGCGCGUUACUUGAUUGCGAAACACGCCCCAAAUAGUAAGCUUAUCCCAAAAGAGCCGAAGGCUAAUGUGCUAUUUGAACAAGCGAUGUCAAUUGAGAAUAAUGAUUCUCAACGACUUCUAUGCACAUGCCGUCGGGUUGGCUUCAGAAAAGUUCUUCAAACCGUUCCAAUGAGCACACCGCCGAGUACGCCUCUACACUGGCAGAAAAAACUGGAGGGUUAUGAGUGUAUCCUUAGCAAGCAAAAGUACCUUACAGGUGAUGAGCUCACACUCACAGACCUUCUGCACCUCCCAAUUGGUACUCUCAUUACAGAGCAACUAGGCUUCAAGGACUCCAAGCAACUCCUAAGGUAUCAUGCUGGUGGAAUGAUAUUUCAUCUUGCAAGUCUUGGAAGGUGA